AUGACUCCCCUGGAGUCACAGCGUCCGGCUAAGCGCUUUCCUCGCGCGCGGCCCUCUCGCUCGGCCUCGACAUCGUCUUAUACCCACAGUUCCCGACGCAGUUCUCUCACCACGGCCCCAGGCUCACUCUCACACUCUGCCUACUCCCUCUCCCGUUCACAAACGACGUCCUUCUCACACAGCUCGACCUUUAUUGCAACGCCCGCGUCGUCAUCUCGAUCUCGUUCAGUAGCCGAGGCUCGUGCGCUCGUGCUCGACCCGGCCUAUUCGGGUGUGGGACAGACCCAGGCUCGAGUUUACGUAGAUGAAUUAGGGAUCGCCCACGAUCCCGAUUACCGAAUGUUCCCUGCUGUCCCAUCCUCGCCUCGAUCAUGUACCGCUCGUCGAGGGAGUGUGACCAGUGCCCGUGGCGGUCGAUGUGGCGCAAACGUCGGGGGAUGUUCGGAGAGCCCGUUUACAGGAAGUCCGUUUGCAGGAUAUGCCGAUUUCGAGAUGCAUUAUUCCAACUCGAUUAGCCACGAGGUCGAUUCCGAGAAGACCGGAUGUGUAUGGACUCCACCGGGAUAUGAAGAAGGGAAGAAGGAGGAAGAGAAGAAGUCGGAGGCGGAUGGUUAUGCCGAUUUUGAUGGGAUGGAGUGGGACGAAAAGGAGUGGAGGAGGGAGGAGGUCGUACCCGCCCCGGCACUAGACAAACAUCAAUCCUCAUCGCUGGCCAGUUCCAAGGGCAAACAAUCCACACCCUCGCCGGCUCCUCCUGCCCCAAUUCAGACACCAACCUUUUCUGGCUCCAAGAGUUCGUUAUCCAAAUCUUACACAAAAGCGGCUACCCGCGCAAAGUCCAAGUCCGGCUCCAAGGGCAGCAGUGUUUCCUCCACCGCGCGAGGCUAUGUACCUGCCAAGAGGUCGUACGAUGAGAGCAUCCAAGACGAAUGGGCACCAUCCUGUGGAUACUCAGUUCGCCGCCAUUGGCAAUCGUUUACGCUCCGAAUCCGAUUUACCGUAUUCCGCUGGCGCCGAAAGUUACGCCGAGCAUUCACGUCAGCUAGCUCUGGUACCGGUGUGGAUCAAAGAGCUUAG